CAUCAGCAGCCUGGGUGUGUAAGUGCGGGAUCCUUCCGCAGGGUUGCUAAGGGUGAAACUUUUCCCCUGACUUCCCUCACUUUGGGCCAGGAGGAGGGAGGCUGCUGGAUCCCUACGGGCUCUGUGACCCCCAAGUAAAUCACCCUGAAAAGAAGGGGGACGCCAGAAGAAAACUAAACAAGCGAUAUCCUAAACGUAUUCUGCACCUCCUCCUGCUGCCCCAAAGCACAGCCAUCACCAGGAUUCUGAAACCCAACUACCGACCAAGACUGGCCAUUGAGGAGAAAAAGACCCCCAGCUAAAAGGCACCAUUUGCUCGGCUUUAUUCUGCAGCAGAGAAUAUGCAUCUGGAGAUUAAAGUUGCCCUGAAUUUCAUUAUUUCCUACUUGUAUAAUAAACUUCCGAGAAGAAGAGCUGAUCUGUUUGGAGAGGAAUUAGAAAGGCUUUUAAAGGGCAAAUAUGAAGGGCACUGGUACCCAGAGAAACCACUGAAAGGUUCUGGGUAUCGCUGUGUUCACAUUGGAGAGACCGUUGAUCCAGUUGUGGAGCAAGCAGCUCGAAGGAGUGGAUUAGAUAUAGAGGACGUACGCGCAAAUGUUCCAGAAGAAUUGAGCGUUUGGAUUGACCCAUUUGAAGUGUCUUACCAGAUUGGUGAAAAGGGAUCAGUGAAAGUGUUGUACCUUGAAGAUGUGGAGAAUAGCACUGAGCUGGACAAAGAAAUAAAGAGUAGUUUCAACCCCGAGGCACAAGCAUUCAUCCCGAUCACUAACCAGGAGACCUCUUUGUCUAAUUCUCCUUCUCCAUCAUUUGGUCAGUCCCCAAGCCCAACAUUCAUUCCCCGGGCCACCCAGCCAAUGACCUUCACAACAGCAACCUUUGCAGCCACCAAAUUUGGCUCAACUAAGAUGAAGAAAGGAGGUCAGCGCAUGGCACGUUCCCCAACUAAUAACCUGGUGAAGCAUAAAGGUCUCUCUCUGUCGAUGCAUUCGCUAAACUUUAGCCCAGCCCAGGGGGCUCCAUCUCAGCUGUCUCCCAAUGCCAAGGAGUUUGUUUUUGGUGGUGCUCCUGGGCUCUUUUAUGAUGGCGACAACCAGAACCUUCCAAGCCCAGGUCAAUUUGCUACUCCCUUUACCAGUGGGAGCAGCCUUUUUGCUGAGAAAUCUCCUUUUGUUGAAGGAUUAAACUUCAACCUUCCUUACUCAAGCCAACCUUUCCAACCUGUUGUCCUGGCUAAUUAAGGUCAUUGAAGAAUUACAUUUUUUUUUUUUUUAAACAAUUUAAAAAAUACAAGAAAAAAAUUGAAAAAUACAAAUAUCUACUGGGAGACAAACCCUUGGGUUGCUUUGCUACUGAACACUUGUGAAGUCUACACCUUAUUACAAAAAGACGCAGAAGAAGAUAAAGGUAUUAACAUGACUAUCAAGUCAAAUAUCGUUCCCAGUUGUGUACGACCUCCCCCCCCCCCCAUCCAGUGCCCGAAAACAAAACUUUUUAAAGGAACUCAUUCCAGUUCUGAGCAGUCAUAUCUGCAGGAUGGUGCCUGUAACUUUGCUACAUUAGUAGAUGAGUAUAGCAACUGGUACAAUAUUACACAGCUCGGAACAACUUCACAGCCUUGCAGGAUCCAGUUGAGUCAUACUUGAAGAACAUUUCCCCUCAGCAGUAGUUUCUUUACUGGUGAACCUGAACCUCUCUCCAGGAUUUUUUUUUUAAUGAAACACCCUGUUAUGCUGCCUGACUUUGUCACAGUAACCCAUUAUUUUCUUCCACUGGUCUUUUCAAUCACGUGUACCAUAUGUGAAGUCUACAGUCCAACAUAACACACCCAACCCCCACUUAACCAUGUUCUUUGUGCACAUCACCUUUUAUUUUCCUACCCAUUUAAUAGUUGGUGCUGGAAUUUAUUUUCACUCACUUACUUUUCACUUACACAGCCUUUCUUUAUUACUGUUUUUGACAACAUACAACUUAAACAAAAAAAUCUAUAUACAGCACCAGAGGAGAAGCUUUCAUUCUGAGAGCAUUACUCAAAUAUGCAAACGGGGAUACAGUUUGUUUAGUUUAUAUGUUUACAAUAUUUUGGAAUUAUUUCAUUUAGCCCAAAAUAAUCCAAAUCAAAACAGACAAAAUUCAGUGACUCUUGUGUGGUCACUUGGAAGCCAGAUAUUUAACAAAGCAAAGAAACUUUUGAUCUCCGAUAGUACAAAACAAUCUACAUUUCACAUAGAAAGUUUAUUUUUUUAUAGAAAAGGUAACGUACAAGUGUUGUGUGUGUAUAUACUGAUUAAAAUGUCUGAACCCCUAAUGUGCAUUUUAGAGUGGCACAGAUUUUUAGCAUGCAGGUUAGACUGUAUGAGGGUCUGCAUGCAAAGGACAAGUUAGUCUUACAGGUAUUCAGCUGGUUGCUGUAUAUAUAUUAUUUUUUUAAAUACAGAAACACUCUUUGUCUAAAAGCGUGACUGUUUUCAGUAAGACUUUGGAAGAAUUUUGGAAUCCCAAUUACCAGCACUUUUCAAGUUGGGUUUAAAAGUGGAAAUAUCCAUUGUUCUGCAUGGCAGUAUUAAAAUGGCCAUCUUUUCUCAGUUGACGACAUUACUGGAAUGAUGAUGAUGUGAACAUCGCGAGACUGCUUUCCCCAUCUCUAUUCCUGCCACAGCGAAGGCAUAUUUAUGUGAAACAUUAGAUUCAUGUUAAAAAGGUCCACCAGGGCCAAAGCGAUGGCAUCAGAAAAGAUAAUAUAUUGUUUUAUAUAAUAACUAUAUUUUUUAAAGUUUGUAAAUCCAUUUUUAAUUUAUUUUUUUUCUAAGAAAUGAUUUUUGAAUAAGCCUUGCAAGGAUCAAUAAUCUAAUUAUAUAUCUUAAAAAAAAAAAAAAAAAUACAAAAAAAAAUGUUUAAAAAGAAAAUGUUCUCAAUGUAGCCUCUUCUUGGAAGUGAAUAAUUUGUAUACUCCAGCUUUUAGGGUCUGUAAGUGGAUUCUUUUGAAGGUACAGGCAGAUGUCCAUAUUGGAUUUCAAAAUAUUAUUUUUUCUCCCCAACACUCAAACAAGAAUACUAAAAUGUAUCGAAUGAACACUGUAUUUCAGAAACUGUGACCUUGCUGUAUACUUUGGCUGCAGAACUCGUGUACUAUGUCGGCAUUACUGAGGUUUAUUUCUUUUGUGAAUUACUCUUUUUCAUGGAAGCAUUAAGCCCUCAGUCAAUACUGAAGUUGAGCAUUGCAUUGGUUGCAAUUUUCAGGUACCUUCAAUAUCUUUCAAGCUGAUCAAAAUUGAUGCCCUAAUCCAGUAGAAAAAUAAUAAAUACUUUUGGUUCUGCCAAUCUCCCUAUAGCUGCUGCAGAUAUUUGUAACUAGAUCUGUGUUGUUGCAGAACAAACCUCAGGUUAUGCUAGAGGGUAAACAAUGAAAAUCGUAUUAAGUGGAAUAUGGAGUAGAAACCUUUUAAUCAAUUUAUUGGGAUUAACCAUUGUCCUUUUCACACCAAGAAACUUGUAGCCUAUACUUCUAAAUAUUGAAAUAAUAUCGUGUGUAGAUUAAUUGUGCACAAUGGCUAACAUUUUAACGAGAGUCAAGAUUCUUAGAACUUUGCAGCCAGUAAGCAGAUUCUGAUCUCGUAUACAUGGAUAAAUUGCCCUUUUUAGCUUUGAAAGGCCAAUGUUACUGUAAUAAACCCCUAAUAUCGGUUGUAAGCAUGUGAAUUCUGAAAGACAAUAUGGUCCUCUUCCAGUUUCUGAAAUAGCCGUAUGAUUUUAUGAAAUAAAUAGAAAUUAUAUCUGUAUCAAUAUAUCAUAGCCCAUAUUUAACUCUAAAGCAUUUGUGUAAAACAAAUCUAUAAAAAAAUCAUAGGGUUUGCUCAACUACAGGUUUAAUUUGGAAUUUCACUUAAUCCCAUGAAUUUAAAACAUGGUGUCAACCUUUUAGUUUUUUCUUUUAAUUUGCCUUAGGAAGUAGAACGUUUUUUCCCCUUUGCAGCAAUUUAUAAAUCCAUAAGGUCUUCAGGAAUUAACUAAUAGGAAUUAAAAUUACUAUUAUAAACUAUUAGGGCAGUGACAAAACGCUAAGAUUCGGGAAGAUCAGUCGCCCAUCGCCAAAUCUCCUCUUCUUCGGGCAACUAAUCUCCCCGAACUGCCUUCUCACCGGCUAAAAUAUAAAUCGAUGGCGGGAUGGUACUCGGAACUCUUCAUUUUCUGAAGUUGCCUCAUGAGGAAACUUCGGGCAUCUUCAGAAAACGAAGCGCUCCAAGUGCCAUCCUGCCGACGAUUUACAUUCUAGCAGGCAGGAAGGCGAGAUUAGUUGCCCGGAGAAGAGGAGAUUUGUUGCUGGGUGACUAAAUCUCCCAGAAUCUUAGCGUGUGUCACUGCCCUUAAUAGUAAGUCUCUUAAAUUCUGUUGGUUCUUCCUUCGCUGUUAAAUAGAAACCAUCCCUUCCCAAUCUUUAUAUAAAGAGUGGUAAACUCCCUCUUUGAUAUUGUCAUUGUAACUUGGGCCCUGAAGCAAAGAACUACACUGGUUAUGAUCCAUAAACAUCAAGCAAGCUAUUAGUCUGCACAGGAUCUUUGGAAGGGUUGCGUUUUAGGGGAAGAUAUUAAAAAAGCUAGUUCAUGUAACUGAACAAGUAAAACAAUACCAUGCGGAUGAUGAUAAUCCUUGACAGAGACUCUCAUCUGAUUCUCGAAGGGUUAAACCACAAGUCUUCGGUAUCUGUGUUUUGGGGUGAUCAGUACUUCACAAGUGUGAAACUACUUCAAGUUGCUACACUGCAUUUUUUUUUCUCUUGCAACCCAUAGAUGUAAUAGAAAAAAAAAAAAAGAAACACUAGUGUCUGUUUUUGUUUUUAUUUGCAUUUGUAAUAAAAGAAUAAAGAGCGAAAGUAAAAUAUAUAAAAUUUGCUACAUUUGUAAAAUGUGAGAGGAAUAUAUUCUAAAUAUAUAUUUCUAACAUGCAUUUAAGCUAAACUUCAGUUCAGGGUUUUUUUUUGUAAGAAAAAUAGAAACGUUAUUAAGAAGAGAACUUAAAAUAUUUUUUCAUAAAAAAAAAAAUUGUAAAACUGAAAAAAAAAAAGCAGAAAUAUAAACUCCAGAAAACUGCCUAUCUUUCUCCAUAUGGAUACAGUGUCUAAUCUUGUACAGAACUGAAGAUAUAAUCUUUAUAUUAAAUAAAAUAUUGAAUUGUAAAUGUUACACUAUAACAGGUUUUUGUUUUACCUUUUGGCUUAACGCAGGACGAUUGGUAUGGGAGGGAUAAUUUUUAGUUUAUUUUCCGAAAAAAAAUCAUAAGAUGACUUGAUUCUUUUUCCUUGUAUAAUUUUUUUGGAACAUUGUGCAAUAUUCGAUGGCCUAAUGGAGUGUUAAGUUUCAGAUGUACAGUUUAUAUUGUUCCAAAGUUUUUUAAGUUUGUAUUAAAAGCAUGAUAUUGAACUUA